CGCGCUUCCACUCCGCACGGCCGGAGGCGUAAUAAUAAUCAGGUUGAGCUCCAGCAUCCGGGGCACGGGGAGGAGGAAGGAGGGAUCGGGGGAUCCAUGGCGGACACCGGCGGACGGCCGGAGGUGUCGCUGGCCACGGUCCGGUCGCCGGGCCACCCGGCAGCUUCUACGACGGCAGCGGCGGCGGCGGAUCUCGGCCACGCUGACACCGGGCAAGAGCCAUGGACCAGGAAGGAACUGAAGCAUCGAUGUCUUGGUCUGUCAGGGCUGACGAGAUUCGCCGAUUCGGCCCAAUUUGCUAGACGUGGGCCUUAGCUAACAUCUAUGGCCCAAUUGUAAGUUUGUGCUAGAAGGCUUUUGGGCCGUGAAGCAGCGGAGAGGCGGGAGAGAAGCAGCCACCUAGCCCUGCAGUUUACAAGUGUAGCCGGAGCGGACUGCGUGGCCGUCUCUGCCGCAACAGGUGUCACCGGCCGAACGCCGCAUGGCACCACCUCUCUCAGCUCUCUGUGAGCCGCCGCUGCUUCACCAAACAAAUCCACUUGCGGGCUUGGUUGAUAGCUUGAUGAUACGUAGUAGGAAUGCAGGAUGUCUUCGUCGAAGAUGCAGCAAGUACCUUAUUUCUGAAAGAUGCUAAAGAGAGCGGAGCAAAGGAGCCAAUCCCUCUUCAGGUUCUAGCUGUUCUUUCGGGUCCAUCACGAUCUUGAGAUGGGAACCCUCCGGUGAGACUACCAAAUUAGAAUAUUGAAGGAUUAAGCAGCUUCUUCUGGUGAAGCCCACCGUCGAGAGCGCCCAACCGGCGAACGGUGCCGCUCCGAUGGGCGAGUGCGGCACGGAGUACAGGGGCCUCCCCGACGGCGACGCCGGCGGGCCAAUGCCGUCGUCGGCACGCACGGUUUCGAUGAUCCCGCUCAUCUUCCUCAUCUUCUACGAGGUGUCCGGCGGGCCGUUCGGGAUCGAGGACAGCGUGGGCGCGGCCGGGCCGCUGCUCGCCAUCAUCGGCUUCUUGGUCCUCCCCGUCAUCUGGAGCAUCCCGGAGGCGCUGAUCACGGCGGAGCUGGGCGCCAUGUUCCCGGAGAACGGCGGGUACGUCGUGUGGGUGGCGUCGGCGCUCGGCCCGUACUGGGGGUUCCAGCAAGGGUGGAUGAAGUGGUUGAGCGGCGUCAUCGACAACGCGCUCUACCCCGUCCUCUUCUUGGACUACCUCAAGUCCGGCGUCCCGGCGCUCGGCGGAGGCGCGCCGAGGGCGUUCGCCGUCGUCGGCCUGACGGCCGUGCUGACAUUGCUGAAUUACCGGGGGCUCACCGUCGUCGGAUGGGUGGCGAUCUGCCUUGGCGUCUUCUCCCUCCUCCCUUUUUUCGUCAUGGGGCUCAUCGCGCUCCCCAAGCUCCGGCCGGCGAGGUGGCUCGUGAUCGACCUCCACAACGUCGAUUGGAAUCUGUACCUGAACACUCUGUUCUGGAACCUCAACUACUGGGAUUCGAUCAGCACGUUGGCCGGCGAGGUGAAGAAUCCCGGCAAGACGCUGCCCAAGGCGCUGUUCUACGCGGUCAUCUUCGUGGUGGUCGCCUACCUGUACCCUCUCCUCGCCGGGACGGGAGCCGUGCCGCUGGACAGGGGGCAGUGGACAGACGGCUACUUCGCGGACAUCGCGAAGCUGCUCGGCGGCGCGUGGCUGAUGUGGUGGGUGCAGUCGGCGGCGGCGCUGUCGAACAUGGGCAUGUUCGUGGCGGAGAUGAGCAGCGACUCGUACCAGCUGCUGGGCAUGGCGGAGCGGGGCAUGCUCCCGUCCUUCUUCGCGGCGCGGUCGCGGUACGGCACGCCGCUGGCGGGCAUCCUCUUCUCGGCCUCCGGCGUGCUGCUGCUCUCGAUGAUGAGCUUCCAGGAGAUCGUGGCGGCCGAGAACUUCCUCUACUGCUUCGGCAUGCUCCUCGAGUUCGUCGCCUUCAUCCUGCACCGGGUGAGGCGCCCCGACGCGGCGCGCCCAUACAGGGUGCCGCUGGGCACAGCCGGGUGCGUGGCGAUGCUGGUGCCGCCGACGGCGCUGAUCGCCGUGGUGCUCGCGCUGUCCACGCUGAAGGUGGCGGUGGUGAGCCUCGGCGCGGUGGCCAUGGGGCUCGUGCUGCAGCCGGCGCUGAGGUUCGUGGAGAAGAAGCGGUGGCUGAGGUUCUCCGUUAACCCGGAUCUCCCGGAGAUCGGCGUGAUUCGCCCGCCCGCCGCGCCGGACGAGCCGUUGGUUCCGUAGGACGCCCAGAAAUCAGUUAGGCCCUGGAACUGGAAAAUGGACAAUUUGGAUUGCAGUCCAACUAUAGGGAGAAAAAAGAAGUCCUGCAGAAUCAUGUAUACGUUGCAACAAAAAGAAUUUAAUCCAACGAAAUCCACUGAAAAUCAACGGAAGCACUAUUCUGUUGGAAUUUUGGAGAAAUUUUUCCAUGAGUUCAAAGCUCUUUCUUUGUUUUGAAUGAAGACUGUGAGUUCAAACCUCGUCUUCACAUCUUAUUGCUGCUCAUGCAAUCCCGUGCUUGUCAUGUAUUGCAUUAAGGCAUUUUUUUUACAGGAAUCAUGGCACCUUAGUUA